AUGUUGAAUUACUAUGACGUUCUAGGAGUGCAGAGAUACGCGUCAGCUGGGGAAAUUAAAAAGGCUUACCACAAAGUGGCACUUAAAUGGCACCCUGAUAAGAAUCCGGAAAACAAAGAGGAAGCCGAGAAAAAAUUCAAAGAAGUAGCGGAGGCAUAUGAGGUACUAUCAAAUGACGAAAAGCGAGACAUUUAUGAUAAAUAUGGCAAAGACGGGUUAAAUGGCAGAGGGGGAAGCCAUCUGGAUGUCUUUGAGUAUAGCUUUAUAUUCCGUCAACCAGAUGACGUUUUCAGAGAGUUUUUUGGGGAAAAGAGGUACCAUUCUCCCUUUCAUUUCUUUGAAAACUCAUUCGACGACCUUUUUGGCAGUCCAACAAGCUGUUAUGGAUGCAGAUGCAGAGGCUCAAGAUCCUUUCUCUCUAAUGCCUACGAAGAGCCGGUUUUCGACAGACUUUCAUGCGACGUGGAAUAUCCGACAUACGGUUCACUGGGCCGCGAGGACCUUAAUUCACCGUCUUCCCUGCUGUUCAGUGACAUGGGGAUCGGCAGCUACAUGCCUUUCUCUGAAGUUAAAACUGCAGAUCAAAUUGUUAAUGGCGGCUAUGUCGAUACAAAGAGAAUUUUUGACUAUGACCCAGAAAUAGAAACUGAGGAAGACAGUGAGUUCAAGUUCUAUGUACCUGGCAUAGCAGAUGAAGAUAGCCUCCUGGAAUGUGGGUGCAGGCGCGUCAGCAACUGCCCAGCAAUGUGCUGCAGCCCCAAACACAUCCCACAAUACACUUUUGUGGACAAUGAGGAGCAAGGUAUACCUUGGGUCCCAGCAGCUGGGAAUCCUUCUCUAUUCUCAAUGGGGUUCAAAGAAGGAGGAAAGAGGAAGAAGAAGAAGCAUAAAGAGGCGAAGAAGCAGUCACCAAGGAGGAAUCGUUAA